UAGAGCAGAUAAGAUCCAAAUCAGAAAUAUAUUCUUGCUUUAAACAAGUGGGUCUGUGAGAGACAGAAAUAUGGAAGAAACAAGCAGGGAACGUUCAGGAGUUUAGCUGGAGAUCCACGGGGUGCGCGAUCUUCCACUGCUGAUAACAACGAUGAUCUAUGUUUCUUCAAUCUGCUGAUCAUCCAGAUAUGGUUCUUGUUUCUACACCUUUGAAUGGAAACAAUUAUCUUGUGUGGAGUCGUUCAAUGAAAAUAGCACUUGGUGCUAAGGUCCAACUGGGUUUUUAUUGAUGGAAAAUGUCAGAAGCUAGUGUUGGGAUCUGACGAUUAUGGUAGAUGGACUAGAGCUGAUUGCACGGUACGUUCUUGGAUUUUAACCUCUAUCUCUAAAGAUAUCGUAGAUGCAUUUCUUUAUACCGCUUCAGCCCAAGGAACUUUGGGAGGAAUUGAGGGAAAGAUUUGGGGAGUGUAAUGGUCCUCUUUUGUACCAAUUACAAUGUCAGAUUCGCUCUAUAUCUCAGGGAAAUCAAACUGUAGUUCAGUAUUUUACAGAACUUAAGAAAUUAUGAGAUGAACUUCAAUGUUUACAGCCAUUACCUGAGUGUAGUUGUGGUGCUGCAAAACUGAUGACAGAUUAUAACUGUUCUAGUAAACUAAUACAAUUUUUGAUGAGAUUGAGUGAAGGGUAUGAUCAUAUCAGAAUCAGAUUCUGGUUAAGGAACCUCUACCAACUGUAAAUAAAGCUUAUUCAAUGAUGUUAAGAGUAGAGAAACAGAGGGAGGUCCAUAUAGCUUACACAGACAACGGUGACAAUGUAGCAAUGUUAGCAAGUAAUCAAGGAUGCGCACACUACAAUUUCACUGGCCAUACUAAGGAAACAUGUUUUCAUGGGACGCCGGACUGGUACAAAGAUCUUAUGAAGGCUAGAGGGAAAUUAGGUAUUAAACAAAUUGCUAAUUGUGCAGAGGCAACAUUGGAUACAGAAAAGGGCAGAGAUGGUUCAUUGUCUAUGGAGCUGAAUAAUAAAAUUCAAGAAAUAAUUCAAAAUGAGAUGAGAAAAUUGUUGAAAGGGAAGAACACUGCUGAUGGAACGAUGGUAAAUCUGGCACACUUCAAUGACUUCGCAGAUACAACUAUUCACAAUUUUGCUUUUAAUAUACUUAGUUUAUUAGAGCAUGAAAGUUGGAUUGUAGAUAUGGGAGCUUCAAGUCACAUGUGUUGUGAUAUGAAACUCAUUGAACAACCAGAACCCACAAAAGCCAUAACACCAGUACAUUUACCAGAUGGAUCGAUCAAAAUUGUUCAACAUACAGGCAAUGUGCAAUCUCAAAUAACGUUGUUUUAACUGAAGUGUUGCUAUUCCAGUAUUCCAUUAUAAUCUAUUAUCAGUAAACAAACUUUCACGAACAUUCCUGGCAGUUCGAAAGGUGAUUGGAAGGCUUUACAUCUUGGAUUCCAGUAGUCUAAACCCAGAAUUGAUAUCUUAUCACAAAAAAUUGUUACUCGAAAAUAGUACUCUAAGUUCCUUUCAUGUUUCAUGUAAUAACAAUACUGAAUCAGUUUCUAAUGAAAACUCUUUGCAAGCUGCCUCACUUUAGCACAAGAGACUUGGGCAUAUUUCACCCACAAUCAUGUCACACUUGAAUUUCAUUAAUAAAAAAGAUUGUUCAUUACUGCCUCCUUGUGAUGUUUGUCCAUUAGCUAAGUAACACAGGUUACCUUUUCCAAUUAGUAAAACCAAGUCCACAAGACCUUUUCAACUACUUCAUCUUGAUGUUGGGGACCCUACAACCAAAAAUCUUUGACAGGAGCACAAUAUUUCCUUACUAUUGUUGAUGACUUUAGUAGAAGUGUUUGGACUUUCUUAUUAGCACAUAUGUCUCAAGUCACCCACACACUGACAAAUUUCUUUAAAUUCAUUGAGAUCCAAUUUGAUUCUGUCAUCCAAAGUGUGAGAUCUGAUAAUGGGACAGAAUUCACUAACCAAGAGUGUCAUAACUUUUUUUUUUUUUUUUGGAAAUGCAUUUUACACCAGAAAACUUCUCCUUAUACUCCCCAACAAAAUGGGGUUCUAGAAAAGAAACAUAAACACCUUUUUCAAAUUGUAAGAGCCUUGAUCUUUCAGUCUCAUUUGCCCAAGAAUUUUUGGGGGGAGCCAUUUUUAUUUGCCACCUACAUUAUUAACAGAUUGCCUACUACUUCAGUGAAU